AUGGCCGCAGCCCACACGCACCCGGCCCCCGCGCCCUCCGACCGCCGUCCGGAGGGCCGCGCUGGAUCCCGCCGUAUUUUCCCACCACAAUUCAAGCUACAAGUUCUCGAAGCGUACAGGCGCGACGCGCAGUGUCGUGGCAAUCAACGCGCUACAGCCAGGAAGUUUGGUAUCCAUCGUCGUCAGAUCCAAAAAUGGCUUCAAGCAGAACCAGCUCUACGAGCUGCACUUUUAAGGAGAGCACCGCAGCCGGCGCCAUCACCGCCACCAUACAGCGCAGGAUCGCCGGAGAGCGCUCGCCUGCCAUCACCGCCUCCACCGCCGCCUGCAGCUCUUCCUACACCUGUGUCGCUACCUACGCCGAUGCAAGUGACGACGCCAAUAGCGACACCGAUUCCUAUACCGCCACCGUCUUCGACAGAGCCUAUUGACCUCUCGUUACGACGGCUAUCACCGCCUCCAGCGCCAGUGCCAACUUACGCGCCGCCUGUGCUCGAACCACCCAAAAAACCUUUCAAAUUAUUCCGGCCUUACCUGUUGGAGGAUGAAGAUGAGAAGAGGCCAGCAGUGGCAUCGCUACCGGUAGCAAAUGGUGUACACGUGUCUGCAUUCGUGCCAGUGCAAAGUGCAGCACUUGGAGCGUGCCCCGCGCCACGCUGGUGUGCUCCGGCCUUUGCUGCGCCACUCAGAUGA